CACGCGUCAUAUGAGUCACGACCUUCCGUACGGAGGGGUAAUUUCGACAUAUAAAAAGCUGCAGAGCUUUUCGUAAUCCGACCAGAAAAGGAUCAGAUAAAAUAAAUAAGAAAAUAAAUAUAAUAAAUAAAACCCUUUUUCUUGGCGCUCACUCUGCUCCCACUCGCGCGCGCACUCGGAAGCCCGCUGCGCUUGCUCGCCGGAAAAUGCCGCCGCUGCCGGAGUCCGGAGUCCGACGUCGCUUCGCUGCCGUGAUUGGGGUCGUCCUCUUGUUGUUUUCCCGCGCCGUCGGCUUCAACGUCACGACAUUCCUCUCGUCCUUCCCCGACUUUUCCACCUUCAACCACCUCCUCGCAACCACCGAAGUUGCCGGAGAUCUCGACCGCCGGUCGUCUCUCACAAUUCUUGCGGUGCCCAACCACCUCCUCGACUCCACCAGCCUCGGCAGGCUCCCUUCCGCCCAGAUCUCCGACGUCCUGCGCUACCACGUCCUCCUCCAGUACCUAGACUGGACGGCGCUCCGUCAGAUCCCGGCGUCCGGGAAGCUCGUUGCGACGCUCUACCAGACGACCGGCCGCGCUGAGGCGAACCUCGGGGCGGUAAACAUCACGCACGACCCCUUGACGGGAAACGUCACUGUGCGGCCGCCGGGCGCCUUCGCCCCCUCGAACGCCACAGUCGUCUCGCUGAUACGCGCCGUCCCCUACUCCGUGGCGGUGUACGCCGUCGACGGCCUGCUCCUGCCUUCGGGAUACGGUCUCUCGGCGUCGGAGAGCCGCCCGCAGGUGCAUAUCAACAUCACCGGCGUGCUGAUCGGCGCGAAGGACUUCAACGUCGUGGCGGCGAUGCUGGCGGCCUCGGGCGUCACGGCGGAGUUCGAGAACGACGAGCAGGGAGCCGGGAUCACAGCCUUUCUCCCGACGGACGACGCCUUCACCGACCUAUCGGCGCAGCGCCUGCAGAGCCUCCCGGCGGACACGAAGGCGGUGGUGCUCAAGUAUCACGUCCUCCACUCCUACUACCCCCUCGGCUCCCUGCAAUCGAUCGUCAAUCCCGUGCAACCAACGCUUGCGACGGAGGAGAAGGGCGCCGGAAGCUUCACACUUAACAUCACCAGGGCCAACGGAUCCGUCGCCCUCGACACCGGAAUCGUUCAGGCAGCAAUCACGCAGACGGUCUACGACCAGAAGCCGGUGGCGAUCUUCGGCAUCUCGAACGUGCUCCUUCCCAGAGAGGUCUUCGGCUCCGGGCAGGUCGACCAGAGCACGCCGGUAAGCGGCCCCCCCGAUUACUCGUCGGCCCCUACAGAACGCCCCGCACAAUCACCCGGUGCCGCCAUUUCCCCGACGAGCGAGGUGCCCCCGAUCGGGAGCCUUGGAGGCGUGUCGAGUAGCGCCGGCGGCGGCGGAGAAGAGCGAAGCGUCGUCGUCGCCGGGAUUUUGGGGUUUUUAGGGUUGUGGUGGAUCGCCGCCUUGUGAAAACGAUUCCCGGUUUCCCAUUUUUUUCAUUUUUUUUCGCAUUAAAAUUUUAUUAUAUAUGCUGCAAAAAAGCAGUGAUUUUUUUUUCUUUUUUGUGAUUCGAAUUUUUUGUACUCGAAAUAACGAGGAAUUUUUUGGGCUUU